UUCUCAGCUGAUUGUGGAGCAGCAGAGAUGCAAGGAGAUCCUAUGCAACAUGGGGCUGAACAGUAGGUCUGGUCCGACACUUUCCUCCGUAAAGAGGGGCGUGACUGAGAAGGACAUCGUCUGUCGGAAACUCAAGGAGCAGCUGGAUGUGCUGGAGAAGGAUACCGUGGCAAAACUGUCGGAGAUGGACCAGUACAACGUGGACAUCAAGGAGCUCCGGGAAAGCCAGACCAAGCAGCAGCAGGUCCUGGACAGACUGCGGCAGGUCAAGGCCGACAAGCUAUGUGACCUGCAGCGGAGGCGAGAACUGGAGUUGGAGAGGAGGAAGAGAGAGGAGGAGGAGGCGGUCAGGCAAGCCAAGCUGGAGAAAGAGCGGCAGUGGCGUGUGAAGUUGGAGCGGGAGGAGGAGGAGCGGCGGAGGAGGAUCCAGGAGGAGCGGGAGGCCAAGCUGAAGGAGGAGGAAGAACGUGAGCGUGAACUCCGGGCCAAACUGCGCGCCGCUCAGGAGCAGGCUGACAAAGCAGCAGCCUGACAAAGCAGCAGCAGCCUGACAAAGCAGCAGCAGCCUGACAAAGCAGCA